GUGGCAGAUCAAGAUUCAUUAACGACAUGGAUUCUGCUCCAUAAUAAUUGACCCACCUCCGCCUCUCCUACUUCAUAUAUCUCCAUCCUACCGCCUUCACCAUGGCGAGCGAACCGGGACUGACCGAUUUCCUCCCCAUCCCGCACAAUACGGAUCCCGACAAGGAGGAAGUGGCGCGAUCAUUAGCAGACAAACCAACAGCUAGUCACGCUCUGGCCAUGGCAGCCCACGACGAGCCGCACGACGAGAAGGGCGCCGCCCAGAUCUCGCACGACGACGAAGUCAAAGAUCUUGGCUGGCAAGACCAUGUCGAUAAGAUCCCCAACCCCCUCGUGGGCGGCAUGCUCAACGAAGAGUUAUGGGUCCUCGUCAGACGGUUCAACAAGCAAAUGUACCACGUGAAAGAAUAUCCUUACGCCGUGCCAGGCAAUCUGGAUCUGAACAUUGCUGAUGAAGAAGAAUUCUCGCCCGACAAAUUACGAGCCAACAUCGAACGAUUAUACAUGACCGUGGGCAUUGGCCUUAUGACCUUCGGAAAGCACAUUGCACGUAUCAGAUCCUGGCGAGAAACACGAAGAACUACCUACUUUGCUGCGGCCUACUUCAUCGCCUGGGCUUUCGAUCUGCUCAUACCUCUAAUCCUGGGAUUCAUUGUGGUCCUGAUCGCCUACCAGCCAAGUCGUUCCAUAGUAUUCCCACCAGCUCCUUUGGCCAUAGUGGAUGCAUCUACUGGUGGCGUUCAAAAGCCAAAAGCAGGUGUUCUCGGAUCGACGGACUCCGCAACUGGAGCACCUGAGAAGCACAAGGGAGAAGCCGUGGAAGCUGAAGCUAGUAGCUUCGUCAACGGCAUCGCUUCCGUUGCGCUCUCGAGUGUUGCUGGCAAGCAUCCGCAGAAUGACCCGCCCUCAGUCUCGGAAGGCAUUGAUAAGACUAAUGAUAGCAUACCUGAUCCAACUGCCAUGGCCGUCAGUGCCAGCAAUGCUCGUGAUCAAACAAGCGGCAAAGGCGAUGUCACUGCCAAAAACAAGGCAAAGGUGCCGGUCGAGACGGCGAUCUGGAACAAGAUGCGCCCUGUCAUGCACGGCAUCGCUGAUGUCUCUGACACCUGGGAGCGAUUCGGCAAUGCCUUGGAUCCCACCAAGCCAUUUCCACAAGAGAUGUACCGCCUUCGCAUCGCUGCAAUUGUCAUUCCGCUCUUUGCUGCUUCAUUCUUCAUUUCUGCGUACAUGGUCGUGAAAGGCUUGACCUUUGGCAUUGGCUUCGGCUUCUUCGGAGAUCCCGUCAUUCAACGAGGGUUGGCAUGGCUUAACAGCCACUUUCCUAAGUGGCAGAAGCUACUUGAGUUACGCAACACUCUUCUGAAGGGUGUUCCUACCAAUGCUCAAUUGACGAUCACUCUGCUGCGCGUUGGUGAGGCGAACAAAGCACCUUUGCCACCUCCACCACACUCUGGAGACAUACCUCACGACGAGCCUGUAGACCUGACCGAAGACGACCUUCGUGCGGCUGGUGCGGACUGGCCCCUCAAUGCUACGGAUGAGGAGAUUGCUGCUGCUGUUGCGCACGAUCCAAAUACAGCACACGAGACCGCUGGAGGCGACGUUGAUACCGCGAAGGAGAAGAAGCAUGGCAAAAAAGGAUCGAAAGUUCUCAACUUCUUCAAGACUAGCAUCAAAGGCGGCGUUGACACUGCUCUGGGCGUCGACCAUAUCAAAGCCAAGGCGGGCAGUGAGCCUUCGAAACAGAGACUCGGAGUCAUACCGGGCAAGAACGAAUCCCACGUUUCCGGACCUAUCGAAUUCAAAUGCAGAUAUCACGGCAAGCGUGGCCAUGCAUAUAUUGCGACGAAAGCGACAAUUCCUUGCGUCGGUUUCAGUUUGGACAAGUCGAUCACGGGUGCUGAUGGAGCACUUAUCGAAGAUCUACAUCCUGUCUGGACAGUAGCAAUCGCGGAUAUCAAGGAGCUGAAGAAAAUCGGUGGGCUGGGAUGGAAGUCGAAACUGGUCGUUGGUUGGGCAUUAAACUCGGAGGUUGCCGACGGUUUGGAGAUUGUGGAUAAAUUGGGUAACAGCUGGAUCAUCACGGCCAUGCUAUUGAGAGACGAGCUCUUCAAUCGUCUCAUCAGCAUGGGUGGGCAAAAAUGGGAGGCUUGGUGAUCAGUUCAUACUUGGGAUGCAUAUCGACAGAAGGGCGUUUGGGUUGAAUACAGGAUACUGGAGCCGCAGCUGGCUUAGCGGAACACACUGAACGAUGCGAUACAACGAUACCCAUGAGG